AUGCUUACUGAGGGUACCACGCUAAUUGUGGGAACACACAAUGUGAAGGUUGUCAGAUAUCUUUCUGAAGGUGGAUUCUCGAAAAUAUAUGAGGUGAUUAUGGAUCCCGCAGAAGGCGAAUCCGAGAUCGGAUGUUUGAAGCAAGUGCUUGUGCCUGACAAGAACGGUCUCAACACUCUUCGGAAGGAAGUAGAUGUCAUGAAAACCUUGAAAAACGCCAGAUCUAUUGUAAAGUACUUCGAUUCUAAUGCAGAACGUUUGGCCGACGGUUCCUAUCAGGUUUUGGUACUCAUGGAGUUGUGUCCCAAUAAAUCUUUGCUUGACUUUAUGAAUGACCGGAUCAGACAGAAGCUCUCGGAGUCAGAGAUUUUAAAGAUCAUGCUCGACAUCUCGAUCGGUGUCUAUGAAAUGCACAAAAUCAAGCUCAUUCAUAGGGACAUCAAAAUUGAAAAUGUUUUGAUCGAUGCGGAAAACUGCUUUAAGCUCUGUGACUUUGGCUCCGUUUCUUCCCCAAUUAGACCAGCUCAACAUCCGCAUGAAUUCCAAUUGUUAGGCAACGAUAUCCUUUACCAUACAACUCCUCAAUAUAGAUCGCCCGAGAUGAUUGACUUAUACCGUGGCCUUCCAAUAGAUGAGAGAUCUGACAUAUGGGCACUUGGCUGCUUUCUUUACAAGCUUUGCUACUACACGACCCCGUUUGAAGCCAACGGUGACAUAGCUAUCUUGCAUGCAUCAUUUCAAUUCCCACUGGCACCAGUAUAUUCUGGUGAUUUGAAAAAUCUCAUAAUAAUUAUGCUCCAAGAAAAUCCGUUAUAUCGUCCCAACAUCGUACAAAUCCUAAUGCUCGUGGCAAAGUUGAUGGGAACAGACUACAAUGAUCUUGAUUUGGAAGACUUUUAUGGUGCCAAAGAAUACAACUUUCAAGCACUUUAUGAAAUGCAAAGAGAAAAGCACAAUCAACUUCUUAAACAACAACAAUUUUAUCUCGAGCAGCAAGAACAACAGAAGGCUUACGAAUUGAGCAAACAGAAAAAAGGUCUUUCGAAGAGCACCCUGCGAGUGAGUAUCCUGAGGUUAUCGCGUGAAAAUUCGGCUCAUAGAAAGGAUAAUGAGACCCCGAUUUCCUCGAGUAAACCUGACCAAACCUCCAUUCCUGUGGUUGAUCAAAUCGCGGGAUCGAUCCAAAUCAAACCCGACGUGAUCAAAGACAAAGACGUGCAAUUGAUUCCAGAACAACUAACAUCAUCUAAAGAACUGAUACCUAACGAAGAAAACCUCGCUGAUAGUUCAAUCGAAAGCGUGGAUUUGGAUGUUGACUUGCCCGAGUUGGACCACAUCGCCGAACGCUACCCGUCUUUAGAGGAUAUUCACCAUAAUUUCGUUAAAUCACGCGAGCUUUCUGAACCAUCGGUAGUUGGUGCAAUGAAUAGUCGAACAGAUUUUGAACUGGUCGAAGCAUGGAAGCAAGAUGAAAAACCAAAACGUGACAAUCAAGCCGAGAAACUAGCAGACGAGAUCUUUGCAAAUAAUCAGAAUCACCUCACUAAAGAAUUUGAUCUUAGUGGGCGGUACGAAAACUUGCAUCAAGAUGUGACUAGGCCAGAGCCGAAAAGGGGUAGCUCAAAUCCAUGGGGCAAAGCUCUAGGUAGUCCAAAGCCGGGUGUUACCAUCAAAAAGUCGCAGGAUUUGGAUGCGGGGCUACAAAAGGAGAUGAGUGGCCUCAGUUUGGCAUCUAAUUUCGAAAAGGUAAAAGAUGACCUCGCCGAGUGUGAUCUUAUUGACCUUGGUGAUCUUUCGAGUAAGAUGAAUGGUUCAGUCAAGCCAGAAAUUGUUGUGAAGCAGGAAGAUGGAGAAGUGAUCGGAAAGAACCCAGCCCAUAAGAUUGUUGAAAAUUCACUCAUUGACAUGGGAUUAGAUGGUAGUGAUGGUCCCAAACCAACCUUCAGGAAGCGAUUGUCAGAUAUACCGACUCAACCAAUCAAUUUCCAGGAGCAAGUGAUCGAUUUUGCUUCAGAUGAUGAAAAUCAAAAUUCGGAAAUGAAUCGAGUAUCGAUUCGAAAUUCCUUGAAGAAGUCACGCAAGCAUAGUGAUCAUAGGCGAGGUAAGACGUACCAAUCUGACGGGAAGAAGAGGCUUUCGUUUUUUGGGGGCUCAUCGGACUAAGAGCAUGAACGAGGGGUCGAAUCAGUCGUUUCUGCAAAUACUUACGACUGCAAUACUUUAAAUAUAUUUAAUACAACCUAGCAUAUGAAAGGUACAGUCAUUUGCGCUUUAAUUACGCACCAGAACCUUGAGCCG